AUGCAGUCCAUACAGAUCUUCAUGGCCGCCAUCCUUAUGGCUAUCUUGAGCCUCGUCGGCGCCAGUGCCACCAUCAACGCCAGUGCCACCAUCGCCGACAAUACCGCCGCCUCUACCUUGACCCUCACCGGCGGUAGUGCCAGCACUACGGCCUCGACCACCACCUCGAUCACCGCCUCCACCACAGCCAGCAUCAUCGUCAAUCCCACCCCCAACCCAAAAGACACCAGGAACUGCAGCCCAUGCUACUGCGAUGGUGAGACAUGGGACCAACUGGGAACUUGGGAGACGAUCAGCUGGGCCUUGCAAAACAGCGGAAUCGUCAGGGUCGUUUAUAUCCCUGGAGGCUAUCACGUGAACGAGAACAUCAGGGUUGGCGACCACUGCUUCGUCUACGAGAUUGGUGUUGAUGUGGGCAACUCAGGCGACAUGAGCCCAGCGAGGAUUACCGACCUACUCGCCGCAGCCCGUGGGGAUUGUAGUCAUGGUGGCCGCUGGAGCCUGAACUUCGUAGCUGGAGACGGUGAUAUCAUAGGUCGUGGCUGGCUGAAGGCUGACCCGCAGAAGAACAAAGACUGUUCGUAA